GCGCGUGCGUGCGCAUAGCAGAGAGCGAAAUGCGCUGCGCUUGCGCCUCCUGUCGACGGCUCUGCGGGUGCACCGAGCUGCUAAAGAAGAAGAAGGAGAAGGAGAGAGGGGAGGGGGGCACACUCAGAUUUCCCGAUUCCUCCCAGCCGAGUCCGUUUCCACAUCACGGCCGCCAGCACACCGAGACGACGACCAGGACGACGUGAGCCCCGCGCUUCAAUCCCGCCACCACCCCACCUGGACCGCGUAGCACGCCCCCCCACCCACCCCGUCCUGCGUCCAAUCUAACCGGACCCGAUAACGAGGUGAGGAGAUUCGACCCUGACGGGAUGCACUGAUGAGAUGACCUGUACGACACCGCUUCCCUCAAGAGAUCGUUCUCCAAUCAAAAGAGCGGCGCCGAUUCUAACCGGGACACGGUCGGCAGGAUCACAUGAUGGACAGGUGAUGGAGUCUUCCAUCAUCUUUCUCCCCCAGUGACUCGGCCUGCCAGCCGGCCCUCCCUCUGAGGCAGUGUGUUCCAGCGGUCCAAGGCCCCCCCCCUUCUCUGCCAUGGUGACAUAAGCCGUGCUGCAACAUGAGGGAGAGCCAACAUGAGACCGUCUCAUUUCUUUCUCCAGUAGCUGCCUCAGCUGCUGCUUCCACGCCGUCUGCGUUGAGCUCGGCGACCGGACCGACUCUGCUGUGAAGAAUCUCCUGCUCGCCGCUUUCCAGCCACGCCGAGAGAGACUGUCCCCGUGUUGCUGGGCCGGCGCGGCGCGGCGGCGCGGCGCGAGACGAUGCUGGGAUGCGUGACACGCCUCCGUCGGCUGGUCCGUCUCCUCCCCCUGCAGACCUCGCUCCUCCUCCUCUUCCUCUUCUGCACCGUCAGCGUCUUCAUCUCCGCCUACUUCCUCUAUGGCGUCAAGCGGGAACUGGAGCCGUCGGGGGGGGGCGUGUCCGGGGCCGAGGGAGCGUCCGCGGACUCCGACGACCCGAGGGUCACGCCGUCGCGGCUGCUGCCGCUGCGGGGCGUCUCGGGGGGCCCGGGGGGGGACCCCGGAGGGGCCAGGACAGAUCCUGUGGUUCUGGUGUUUGUGGAGAGCCAGUAUUCUCAACUGGGUCAGGAGAUCGUGGCCAUCUUGGAGUCUGGCCGCUUCAAGUACCGGACCGAGAUCUCUCCCGGGAAAGGCGACAUGCCGACACUGACGGACAAAGACAGAGGGCGUUUCACGCUGGUGAUUUAUGAGAACAUUCUCAAGUAUGUCAACUUGGACGCGUGGAACCGAGAGCUGCUGGACAAAUACUGCGUGGAAUAUGGAGUGGGCAUCAUUGGCUUCUUCAAGGCCAAUGAAAACAGUCUGCUGAGCGCACAGCUGAAAGGCUUCCCUCUCUUUCUGCACUCUAACUUGGGUCUGAAGGACUGCACGGUCAACCCCAAGUCGCCGCUGCUCUUCAUCACUCGAUCCGGGCAGCCGCUGCCGGGUCCCCUCCCCGGGGACGACUGGACCGUUUUCCAGUCCAACCACUCGACGUACGAGCCCGUGCUGCUGGCCAAGACGCAGUCCGCCGAGAGCAUGGCGUCGAUGGGGCAGAACGCGGCGCUGCUCCCGUCGGUGGUGCAGGACCUGGGGCUCCACGACGGCAUCCAGAGGGUCCUGUUUGGCAACAACUUGGUCUUCUGGUUGCACAAGCUGGUGUUUGUGGACGCCGUGGCCUUCCUGACAGGGAAGAGGCUUUCGCUGUCCCUGGAGCGCUACAUCCUCGUGGACGUGGAUGACAUCUUUGUGGGCAAAGAGGGCACUCGCAUGAAGGUGCCUGAUGUGAAGGCCCUGCUGGAGACACAAAGGGAGCUGCGCACCCAUGUGCCCAACUUCACCUUCAAUCUGGGCUUCUCAGGGAAAUUCUUUCACGCCGGAUCUGAUGAGGAGGACCUGGGAGACGACCUGCUGCUUUCCUUCGUAAAGGAGUUCUGGUGGUUCCCUCACAUGUGGAGCCACAUGCAGCCCCAUCUAUUCCACAACCAGUCCGUGCUGGCCGAGCAGAUGCUGCUCAACAAGAAAUUUGCCAUGGAGCAUGGGAUCCCCACCAACAUGGGCUACGCGGUGGCCCCCCACCACUCCGGCGUCUACCCUGUCCACAUCCAGCUGUACGACGCCUGGAAGAAGGUGUGGGGCAUAAAGGUGACCAGCACGGAGGAAUACCCGCACCUGAAGCCCGCCCGCUUCCGCCGAGGUUUCAUCCACAGCGGCAUCAGCGUGCUCCCGAGGCAGACGUGUGGUCUAUUCACUCACACCAUCUUCUACAAAGACUACCCAGGCAGUCCCAAUGAGCUGGACAAGCUCAUCAAUGGAGGAGAGCUCUUCCAAACGGUUUUGCUGAACCCUAUCAGUAUCUUCAUGACCCAUCUGUCCAACUAUGGGAACGAUCGCCUCGGCCUGUACACCUUUAAAAGCCUGGUGAUGUUCCUCCAGACGUGGACCAACCUGAAGAUGCAGACCCUGCCCCCCGUUCAGCUGGCUCAGAAGUACUUCAGCCUCUUCCCCUCCGAGAGAGAUCCACUGUGGCAGGAUCCUUGCGAGGACAAAAGGCACAAGGACAUCUGGUCCAAAGAGAAAACAUGUGACCGCUUCCCCAAACUGCUCGUCAUCGGGCCUCAGAAGACAGGGACGACGGCGCUCUACCUGUUUCUUGGAAUGCACCCGGAUCUGACCAGUAACUACCCGAGCAAGGAGACCUUUGAGGAGAUCCAGUUCUUCAAUGGGCACAACUACCACAGAGGCAUCGACUGGUACAUGGAGUACUUCCCCCUGCCAUCCAACACUAGUUCUGACUACUACUUUGAGAAGAGUGCCAACUACUUUGACUCUGAGGUGGCGGCCCAAAGGGCUUUCGCUCUCCUGCCAAAGGCAAAGAUCAUCACCAUCCUCAUCAACCCGGCGGACCGAGCCUACUCUUGGUACCAGCACCAGAGAGCCCACGAUGACCCGGUGGCGUUGAAGUACUCCUUCCAUGAUGUCAUCACUGCGGGCCACAACGCUCCGGUGCGACUGCGCGUCCUCCAGAACCGCUGCCUGGUGCCCGGCUGGUACGCCGUCCACCUGGAUCGCUGGCUCAACUUCUACCACUCCAGCCAGCUGUUGGUCUUGGACGGACAGAUGCUGAAGACUGAGCCUGCUUCCAUCAUGGAUAAAAUCCAGAAGUAUCUGGCACUGGUCAACGUCAUCAACUACCACAAGAUCUUAGCCUUUGACCCCAAGAAGGGGUUCUGGUGUCAGCUGCUGGAGGGAGGGAAGACAAAGUGUUUGGGGAAGAGUAAAGGGCGGCGGUACCCCGACAUGGACCCUGAGUCCCAGACCUUCCUCAGGGAGUACUACAGGGAUCACAACAUUGAGCUGUCCAAGCUGCUCUACAAGAUGGGUCAGCCGCUGCCCAGCUGGCUCAGAGAAGAGCUGGUCCACACCAGGUAGCAGCACCGCAGGCGGAGACCACGCCUCCACACACUGAACUCCACCCUGCCGCGGUGGCCUGAGAUGUUGAAGAUCCCAUAUAGUUUUGAAAGGGACUGAUCCACGCGGGAGGUGAUUCAUCGAUGGAUGCGAUGCCCCGACCAGGACUCAAAACUUAAUUGCGAUCUUCCCCAAAGAGCAGGACAGCAGAGGGUGAUGCGUUGGCUUCUCUGGCCAAGCUUCCAGGUGCUGUUGCUCCCCUGCAGGACGGACUGGGACCACGGAUGUCUUAGCGAUGGGCUCAGAGAAGCUUUAGUGGUGCACGGGAGGGAGGUUCAGUCACUGUUUGAUUGUCACGCCCCUGCUCUCCUUAAUCAAGCAUCUCUUCUUCGCAUGGACUUCAUCUUGAAAAUCAAAGGAAGGAAUAAAACAAAAGGCUUGAGGAAGGCUUCACGGCUUCAGCUCUGGGGGAAAACGUCACCUGUGUCUCCGGCAAAGAGUUGUUGUUGUUUUUGGAGCCCGUGGAAACGGGCAACUUAACAUUGACUUUAAAGGAAGCCUGACAGAGAGGCAAUGGUGGCAAAUGCCUUUGACAUAAGCAAGUGUUUAUAACGGUUCGUACGAGAGGAGAAUGAGAAGUCUGUUGUAGCCUUACUUGAUGGGCCUUGGUAGUUUCUAGUUAUGGCGUUUACAAGUGCCAGGACCGGAUCUUAAUCAAAUAUUACCAGGUGGACUUUCAAGGGUUCCUUUGGGGUUUUUUAAAGUUGUGUUUUCUUUACUUCCCUCAGAUUUUUUUUUUUUUAUUCUGAAGGCAAUGCAUUAUUGUAGAAUGUACCAAAACUAAACAUUUUAGCUCAGUUGUUUCCUAUAGGUCCGGAUGUGCAGAAGACUGGUUUGUUGAACCGUUCUGCAGAGCCUCUUACGGCUUAGACCAUUUAAACUGGUUCAAGCAGGAGCCGUAGUAUAUAUGUUGAAAGCACAAUAUUUAACGCACUCAAGUAAACAUGGCUUCUGAACAUACAGGUUACUGGGAGCACAGUGAGAAGAUGGAUUUCCUACUACAGUCUGUGAAGAGGAUCAUAAGCUAGCUACUGUUUAAUUACACAUUGUGUUCAGAACGAAUCAGAUGGUGUACAGAUCUAGAUUGGGCAUUUCAAAUUUGUUUUAGGCUAUUUUGGUUCACUGUAUAUUUUCUUUGAUGUAUUAAUCAUUUUAAUUGGAGGGGGGAGCCGUCAAAAGGAGGCCCAUCGAGACCACGCAGACGUUUGGUUGUCGGUUCAAGUGUUCCCACAGCAACUACAUGUCAAGCAUAGAUAACAAAAAGCUGCUCUUAUUGCAAUAGUUUUGUACAAUGUUCUGAUGUAAUAUCAAUGCACAUGUUGGUCCUUUCAUUUCCCGACUUUGUAAUGUACAUAAUGCGCGGCCCUCGGUAGACCUAAAUUAUUGAAUGUGUUUGGGUUUUCCGCUCCAUCGUGGUGUGACAUGUCCGUGCUGAGGGCAGCUCUCACUGCCACCUGUUGUACACAGGUACCGAGUCUCUCCAUAUAAAGUAUUAAGUGAUAACACAUAACAGCAAUGAUGGUACUAAUCUCCUGGACUGUAUGAUAAAGAUUUGUAAUUGUUGUCAAUAAUUUUUACAUUGUAACUAAUAUUGUCGGUGCUUUUUAAUUUGCAAAUAAAACACCACUGUAUUUUUCAAUA